UUAGUGCUCAGCACCAGCAACCCCUUGCUUCAGGUUAAGGGAAGAGCAAGGUGAUUAUUGCAGAUCUGAAGGGGACUUGGUUUAGGACGUCUGAGAAAGAGGAAGGGUCCAGGAUUUGCCUUCGGGCUUGGAUUGCUGAAUCAAAAUAGCAGGCCCAGCUUACCACGACGAUGACAGUCACUUAUUCCAGCAAAGUAGCAAAUGCCACUUUCUUUGGAUUUCACAGAUUACUCCUAAGGUGGAAAGGCAGCAUCUACAAAUUGCUGUACAGAGAAUUUAUUGUUUUUGCUACUCUUUACACAGCGAUAAGUGUAUUAUACAGAUUUUUUCUUACAGGUAGCCAAAAACGGUUCUUUGAAAAAUUAUCAAUUUACUGUGACAAAUAUGCUGAACAAAUCCCAGUAACUUUUGUGCUUGGUUUCUAUGUUACUUUGGUGGUGAAUCGCUGGUGGAACCAGUUUGUGAACUUGCCAUGGCCAGAUCGUCUGAUGUUGCUCAUCUCCAGCUGUGUCCAGGGCAGAGAUGAGUAUGGGCGCUUGUUAAGGAGGACUCUCAUGCGUUAUGUGAAUUUAACAUCGCUGCUGAUCUUUCGCUCUGUCAGCACAGCUGUGUACAAAAGGUUCCCCACCAUGGACCAUGUGGUAGGAGCAGGUUUUAUGACAAGACAUGAAAGAAAACUUUUUGAUGACCUUAAGUCUCCCCACCUGAAAUACUGGGUCCCAUUUGUCUGGUUCGGAAAUUUGGCAUCAAAGGCACGAAAAGAGGGAAGAAUUCGAGACAGUGUGGAUCUGCAGACACUGAUGAAUGAGAUGAAUAAGUACCGGUCAUGGUGUAGCCUUUUGUUUGGUUAUGACUGGGUUGGAAUUCCACUGGUCUAUACCCAGGUUGUUACUCUCGCAGUCUAUACCUUUUUCUUUGCCUGCCUGAUAGGGCGUCAAUUUUUGGAUACUGACCAAGGAUAUCAGGGACACGACUUAGAUAUUUACAUUCCAAUCUUCACACUGCUGCAGUUCUUCUUCUACGCAGGAUGGCUCAAGGUCGCUGAACAGCUCAUUAAUCCGUUUGGAGAAGAUGAUGAUGAUUUUGAAACUAACUGGUGCAUCGAUAGAAAUUUACAGGUUUCACUUCUGGCGGUGGAUGAGAUGCACAUGAAUUUGCCAAGGAUGGAAAAAGAUAUUUACUGGAAUGAUACCUCUGCCCGGCCACCCUACACAAAAGCAGCUGCUGAUUACUGCAUUCCUUCAUUUCUUGGAUCGACUAUUGAGAUGGGGCUGGCUGAUACCGAAUUCCUCUAUGGGGAAGAGUGGCCUUGGGAAGAGGAGAAACACCAGAGACAGUAUUCGGUUUUGAGAAGAGUCAAGAGGUUUCUCAGCGUCCAUGAGGGUCCUUCAUACCCAACUCACCACCGCUACAGUCGGCAGACGAGUGAGAAUUCGGUGUUUUUCCCAGCAGAUGAAAAGGGGCACAUCAGACGGCUGCAGGAAAUGCACACAAGAGGGAGGCACUCUACCUCAAGCUUCAAGAAGAAAUAUGAAGGAGUUACAAGAAGUAACAAACUUCAUGGUAGCCGAGAGCUAGGACCCAUAACAGAAACCUCAAGGAAUGAGGCACAGUUUGGUGACAGUGACACUUCAUCUGAGACAACCAGGCCAGUUCCUGAGGUCAUCGUUUCUGAAGCCCAGGAGAUUGAACCUGAUUUGCUGGACAAACCAGACCUGCCAACAGAGCGCUCUGCAAGCAUGCCAGAAGAGAAGCUCCAAAGGAUCCUAGCUGAGGCAAAUGUGGCUCUUCUAAAUAAACACUUUUUCUCCCCAGAAAUGACUCCAUACCUCUCAAGUUCAGAGGUGCAUCAGUCACUUCCUAGUGUGAUAGGAGAGCAUAAACACGAGCCCCAGGUUAGUAACAUAGCUGGUCUCAUAACAGACCAUGAGAGAAACCUUCAGCGAUGGAGUUUACCAAGCUUCCAUAGUCCUAGUACAGCAUCAAAUGCUGAUGCUACACCACCUUCAACAGAUUCUGGGACAACCUCACAGCAAAGGACAUUCAGUGAUGGAAAAAAUGCUACUUCUGCUUCUGCUCCACAAACAUUUGAGAUGCAGGACUUAUGGGAAAACCUGGACAGUAAAGAAACAGCCAUAGUAGAAUUUUCUAAUGAGGAGAGUGAAAGAAAACUUUGA